AUGGCAGCCAGCAGACGACAGCCGGUGUUCUGCACGCCCCGCACCCCCAGAGUGGCCGGGGUUCCUGCAGCCGGGCUGCUGAGUGCAGGAACAGGGUCAUCGAGGUCUGAGGGAGCUGAUGCCAGACUGACUCCAGAGAAGUGUCACCUGGCCCCACCCCCAGCAACACGCGAGAGUCAAGGCCGGAAUGCCACACGAAGGGGAAGGGUCCUGACGGCAGGUGGGUGGAACCACCUAAGCGAAGGAGCCUCGGCAGAGAUGAUAAAGAAUGAACUUGUACAAGUGCAUCAGGUGAAGCCACUCCUUCCACGUACAGCCGUUGGAGAGGCCAACCAGCUGAGAGAUGCCGAGGGGUACGCAUGGUUAUCAUUUUGUCUCUCCCAAACUCAUUCACAGAAGGAAGUCAUCCAGACGCAAGGCUUCAACAAGACCACCGUGGUUACCCAGUUCACCCUGGUGGGCUUCUCUCGCCUGGGGGCACUCCAACUGCUGCUGUCUGUCCUCUUUCUUCUCCUGUACGUGACCAUCCUGUUGGCCGAUGCCACCACCAUGGCUGUCAUCCGCUGCAGCAAGACUCUACACCCUCCCACGUAUGGGUUCCUGUUCAUCCUUUCCUUCUCCAAAUCCUGCGACACUCUUGGCAUCAUCCCUCAGCUGCUGGCCCACCUGCUCUCAGCCACCAAGGGCGUCUCCUCUGUGGCCUGUGCCACGCAGCUCUUCUUCUUCCUUGGCUUUGCCUGCACCAAUUGCUUUCUCAUCGCUGCGAUGGGGUACGAUCGUUAGGUGGCGAUUUGCCACCCUAUGAGCUACACGCUCAUCAUGAACAAGAGGGUAGGGUUGGGGUUGGUUUCCCUGUCUGGAGUCACAGGCUUCUUCAUUGCUUUGCUGGCCACCAAACUCAUCUGUGACAUGACUUUCUGUGGUCCCAACAGAGUCAACUGCUAUUUCUGUGACAUGGCGCCCGUCAUUAAGUUGGCCUGUGCAGACACCCAUGUGAAAGAACCGGCUCCAUUCAGCCGAAGCAUUCUGGUGAUCAUGGCGCCUUUCCUGCUGAUUCUGAUCUCCUGUGGCUUCAUCGUUAACACCAUCCUGAAGAUCCCCUCGGCUGAAGGGAAGAAGGCCUUUGCCACACACGUCUCCCACCUCGCGGUAGUCUUCGUGCACUACGGCUGUGCCUCCAUCACUUACCUGAGGCCCAGAUCCAAGUCUGCCUCAGACAAGGGUCAGUUGGUGGCAGUGACCUACACUGUGGUCACUCCCCUGCUCAAUCCUCUGGUCUACAGUCUGAGGAAUCAGGAGGUGAAGUCUGCCCCGAGAAGAUUUUUGGGAAAGCCCUGGAGCCACCAAAGUGAUCUAACAAAAAACCCUAAAAUUAACGAGGGAAGUUACAGGAGAAAUCAAAGGCGGGACGCUUUCUCUGUCUUUUUACCAAUCCAGUCCUGA